AUGGCUUCCACCGCUCUCUCCAGCGCAAUCGUGAACACCUCCUUCCUCCGCCGCCAACAGACACCAAUCAGCCUCAGAUCCCUCCCUCUGGCCAACACACAAUCCCUCUUCGGCCUCAAAUCCUCCACCGCACGCGGCGGCCGCGUCACAUGCAUGGCUACCUACAAGGUCAAGUUCAUCACACCGGAAGGUGAGCAAGAAGUGGAGUGCGAAGACGACGUCUACGUCCUCGACGCUGCGGAUGAAGCAGGUAUCGAUUUGCCUUACUCGUGCCGUGCGGGAUCUUGCUCAAGCUGCGCAGGGAAAGUCGUCUCUGGCUCCGUUGACCAGACGGACCAGAGCUUCUUAGACGAUGACCAGAUGAACGAGGGGUAUGUCCUCACAUGUGUGGCUUACCCAACUUCUGAUGUCGUCAUCGAAACCCACAAAGAAGAAGCCAUUGUUUAA